UUCAAAUCCAUUUUCCCUCCAAAUUGCAGAAAACCCCAUCUUUCAUUCACCUCGUUCAUCGCAGGAGCUGUAAUUGGCUAUUUAAUUGAUUGCUUGUGAAGAAUCAAAGAUUGGAAGCUGCAAAAGGCACCUGAUUAGAUAUGGAGAAUCGGAACAUACACCAUCCAGAAACAGGUCAAGGCUCUGGCCAGCAACACCCUCAGCCUCAGCCUCAUCCUCCCGUACCUAAUCCCAUUGUCCCGAAUGUCCCUCCGCCUAACCUACAGCUAGUUGUUCCUCUGAUUGCAGUAUAUCAAUAUAGUGCUGCUGUCUUCUAUGGCACAGCUGCCGGUCCACCAUUCGUCUAUUAUUAUCACCAUUAUUACCAUUAUUAUCAUUAUUAUUUGUAUACGGUACUGCCAAAUGGAGGAGUGGUUUUUUGGCCUACAUUUCCUGCCCCUUUUCCGCCAAUAGUAAACGUAAAUGAUCCAAAUAUCAGACAUCACGACCCUCCUCGUUUAGAAGCAGUGCCAGAAGAUGAGGUUGUGGCUCCCGAGAUUCUUGGCCAUGCUGAAGUAGAUGAAGAUGCGGAUGAGCUAGAAGUUCCGCGUUACUAUUUAGGUGGUAACUCGUAUGAGGAGCUUCUUGCAUUGGCAGAAAUGAUAGGCAAUGUCAGCAUCGGAUUAUCGUCAGAGUUCAUUGAACGUAAUUUGAAUGUACGAACGUAUGAAUCGUUGCCAACUCAUGACGAAUGUGUCAUAUGCUUGGACGAGUUCAAGGCCGGAGAAAAUAUCGGAACCCUUGAAUGUAGCCAUGAAUAUCACAAGCACUGCAUAAAGAGGUGGUUGCUGGGCCAUAAUACUUGCCCGUUAUGCAUGUCCCCGGCCCUUAGAGUCGAUUGACAUUGGCCGGAACGUUCGAACCUCAUCAAGAGCAUUCAUUUUUGUAUAUACAUUUGUUUGUUGU